GCCGAGUCCACUCACGGGCCGAACCUCGAGUUUGUGCUGCGCUGGUCGCAACACUAACUCAACAAACAACCCGACGAGGUGGAAUUCCCGCCUUGCUUUGACUACUGAUAUGUGACUGACAGACAAGCCACAACAAUAUUCUCAGGCAACAUCAUGGCCUCUUCACAGCCCCCGCAGUCGCGCCCGCCACCGCCGCUCACGUCGUCGCCGUAUCCUUUCGCCGCCGCGCCCGACAUCAUCCGCGCGAACCAAAAGGACGCCUACUUCCAAGGCGUGCUCAGCAACCAGCUCAGCGACCUCCACCGCCGCUUGCGCGGCGCCCGCUCCGCCCAUGCCUGGGCCACCGAAACCCGCACCUUCGCCGACGCCCUUUACCUCUGCCUGACCACGCUCCUCGGCAACCGCACCCUCGGCGAAGAGUAUUGUGACCUCGUGCAGGUCGAAGCACCACCUCACAGCAGCAACAGCACAGACAAACAGCAACAACAGCAACAACCACCAACCUCAUUCCCACAGACCUCCUCCUCCUCAGAUGGCCCGGUAUUACCCUCCCUCCCGCGGCGUUUCGGCUCCAUCCUAUCAUCGACCCUGCUGCCCUACCUGGCCUCGCUCCUCCUCCCGCGCCUGCGCUCCACGCUACGCAAGCGGCUCCAAUCCCGGCUAGCGGCCCUGACGCGCCAGGGCCGCGACGAGAAGCGCGACAAGUCGGGCCGGCCCAGCACCGAGUACCGCGUGCUGCGCUAUCUGCUAGCCCACCUGACGCCGCUCACCAGCGGCGCGCACUUCCACGCCGUGACGCUGGCCGUGUUCUACUUCACGGGCGCAUACUACUCGCUCUCGAAGCGGGUGUUUGGGCUGCGCUAUGUCUUCACCAAGCGGGUGGAGGAGAACCAGGGCGGGAGGGGAGGGUAUGAGGUGCUCGGGGUCCUGCUCGUUGUGCAGAUGGCUGUGCGGGCGUAUCUGCAUGUUCGGGAGCAGCUUACUGCGGGUAGCUAUGUAGUGCCUGGGGAAGAGGAAGAGGAUGGGUCGUUGUUCAGGGAAAGGGAGGCUGGUUUUAGGCCCAGCGCGGCGGCGUUUGUUGAUGUCAGUCUCAGCGAGAACGCGUAUACGAGUAAUAACGAGCUGCUUGGAUUGCAAGGGGCGGGCGCCGGGUCGAGCUCGCAGAGAGGGCUGGCGGAGAUUGCAGCCGCGACACACACGCCUGUGCCGAAAGGGGGCAGGCCGAGGUAUGAUCUGGGGUCCGGUGAGAAGAUCAUGGGGUGGAUUAAGGGGGCUCAGCAGAGGAAGUGCACGCUGUGUCUGGAGGAGCUGAAGGAUCCUGCGGCGACGCAGUGUGGGCAUGUUUUCUGCUGGGCGUGUAUAGGAGAUUGGGUAAAGGAGAAGCCCGAGUGUCCGUUAUGUAGACGGGAGGCGAUGGUGCAGCAUAUCUUGCCGUUGCGCGUCGCGUAGAAAGCCCAAGAGAGUAUUGUGUACUCAAGGGUCGAGCGAGGGGCCAGUGUGGUUUGGUCCACACAGGGGCAUGAGUAAUGAAUCGAGCACUUCAGAGACUAAAAUAGCUGCUUGUGUCAACGGGUAUCAUCAAGCCUAUACUACCUUACCUUAAAUGUUUACAAAACAGCCGCCGAUUUAAGGCAGACGA